CACACUCAAAACCUCACCAGACUAAAAUGACUACUAUUUAUAAUGGCUAUAAAGCCUAUAGAAACAGACAUAUUUAAUAGCUUCAAUAAAACAUUAUAAAUGGCUUCAAUAGCUCCUGCAGCCGUUCUUCAAGUUCUUGCACUGUUCUUGAUUGGUUUCUUCAAUGCCAAUGCCAUUGACUUCAAUUACCCCGCAGUUUUCAACUUUGGGGAUUCGAACUCCGAUACGGGAGAGCUUGUUGCAGGGGUUGGCGACCGCCUUGACCCUCCAAAUGGACAUGUUUACUUCAAGAAACCCUCUGGGAGAUUUUGCGAUGGACGGUUGAUCAUUGACUUUCUAUUGGACGCAAUGGAUCUGCCAUUGUUGAACCCCUAUUUGGAUUCCAUUGGCACGCCAACUUUCAAAAAAGGAUGCAACUUUGCAGCAGCUGGUUCCACUAUACUUGCAGCAACAGCAUCAUCUGUCAGCCCCUUCUCGUUAGGGAUUCAAGUUUCCCAGUUUCUUAGGUUCAAGUCUCGAGUUCUUGAAAUUCAAGCUAAGAGUUCAAGAAAAUAUGAAAAGUAUAUACCAGCUGAAGAUUUUUUCCAGAAAGGGCUUUACACGUUUGAUAUAGGCCAGAAUGAUCUUGCUGGUGCCUUUUAUUCCAAGACUCUAGAUCAAGUUAUUGCUUCGGUUCCUGUCAUUCUGUUAGAGUUUGAAAACAGAGUUGGGGAACUCUAUGAUCAAGGAGGGGCAAGAAAUUUUUGGAUCCACAACACAGGUCCUCUGGGCUGCUUACCUCAAAAUAUUGCAAAGUUCGGGACUGACCCAUUAAAGUUGGAUGAGAUGGGAUGUGUGGACUCACAUAACCUGGCAGCUAGACUAUUCAACCUGCAGCUUCAUUCACUCUGCAAGAAGUUGCAAGGCAAAUAUACUGAUGCAACUAUUACUUAUGUGGAUAUUUUCACAAUCAAGUCUGAUCUCAUUGCUACUUAUUCCAAAUAUGGAUUUCAGCAGGCCACAAUGGCUUGCUGUGGAGUUGGAGGUCCUCCACUGAACUAUGACAGCCGAGUAUCAUGUGGUCAAACAAAGGUUAUAAAUGGAACAACAAUCACAGCCAAAGGGUGCGAUGAUAGUAUUGAAUAUAUAAACUGGGAUGGCAUUCAUUACACAGAUGCUGCAAAUCAGUAUGUUGCGAUGCAAAUCCUCACUGGAAAAUAUUUAGAUCCACCUCCCACAGAAAUGACUCAAGUUCAAGCGAUCUAACAUGCUUGUUGCUGUUUUACUCUUUCACCACGCUCUCUAUUAACUAAUGAAAUUCAUAAAUGACAUAACAUUUAUCUGCU